CAGACCAAUAAGAACCUUAGGGGAGAAAGACGGGUCAUUUCCUCCCUGAGUAUCUGCCCCCUCCUUUUGGGCUUUAAAAACCACAGCCCUCAGGCGAGAGGACCUUCAAUCAAAGGAGAACUUGGGAGACCUGAACAUGGAGUACGAUGAGGCCUUCACCCCUGACUACAAUUAUGGUUCCACCUGGGACGAAAGUUUGCCAGUGGAUAACUCUUCCUCCGUCCCUAAGCUGAGCCCCUCGGACACUAUGGCUCUGGUGGUCUUUGCAGUCGUGUUCCUGGUGGGAGCGCCCGGCAACUUCCUGGUGGUCUGGGUGACAAGUUGCGAGGCCAGACGAACCAUCAAUGCCAUCUGGUUUCUCAACCUGGCAGUGGCCGACCUCCUCUCCUGCCUGGCGCUGCCCGUCAUGUUUGUGACCACCCUCCAGCAUCACCACUGGUCCUUCGGGGAAGCUGCCUGCCGCAUUCUCCCCUCCCUCCUCCUGCUCAACCUGUAUGCCAGCAUCUUGCUUCUGGCCUUCAUCAGCGCCGACCGCUUUCUCCUGGUGUUUAACCCCGUCUGGUGCCAAAACUACAGAGGGGCCUCCAUGGCCUGGGUGGCCUGCGCCGUGGCCUGGGGCUUGGCCCUUCUACUGACCAUCCCCUCCUUCAUGUUCCGCACGGUUCACGUGCGUUACUUUCCAACCAAGAAAGUGUGUAGUGUCGACUACGGUAGCAACGGUUUCAAAAAGGAGAGGGCUGUGGUCACCCUCCGGCUGCUCUUGGGUUUUCUGUGUCCCCUGAUCACACUCACCAUCUGUUACACCUUCCUACUGAUCCGCGCGUGGAGCCGCAGCGCCACGCGCUCCACCAAGACGCUCAAGGUGGUGGUGGCCGUGGUGACCAGCUUCUUUGUCCUCUGGCUGCCCUACCAGGUGUCAGGGAUGCUGCUGGCCUUCUUCGGCAGGAAUGACGACGUAUUCAAAACCGCGCACUAUUUCGAUACCCUGUGCAUCUCCAUCGCUUACAUCAACAGCUGCAUCAACCCCGUCAUCUAUGUGUUUGCCACCCAGAGCUUCCACGUGCGGUUCCUCCAGUCCCUCCCUGCCCGGCUCCGGUAUGUGCUGACCGAGGAGUCGACGACCAGGGAGUCCAGGUCUGUCACAUUGUCCACAGUGGACACCCCAGCCCAGAAGAGCCAGGCGCUGUGAGGGGGCACCUCCCCGGCCACCAUCUGCCUGCCUUGUGGUCCAUUCUCCUCUGCUUCUUUGAACUCCGCCCCGUGUGAGCUGGUGUUUUUAGCGAACUCUCCUUCACCCUUCAUCCUUUCCAAGGUCCACAAACUAUUCCUCUGGGGCCACACAGCCUUCACCUUUAUCCAAGGACUUUGAAAAAUAAUCACACACCAAUAUACCAGGAGUACCCUCUGACGGCAACAUGUUUGCAUGGGCAGAGAGGAUGCAAAGAAAAGAGAGUAAGAGCCCUGGCUGGGUAGCUACGUUGGUGGGGGCGUCGUCUGUAAACAAAGAGGUGGUGGGUUUGAUCCCUGGUCCGGGCAUGUAUAGGAAGCAACCGAUUUAUAUUUCUCUCUCACAUUGAUGCUUCUCUCUCUCCCUUCCUCUCUCUGAAAUCAAUUAAAAAUGAUUUUUUUUUUAAAGAAAGAAAACACAGUAAAGACAUAGAAUAUAGAGGAAUGGAAACAUUAUAACCUUUCAAAAAAAAAAAACGGUUAAGUAUUUAUUUUAUGGAGAGUUGGGGGAAAAAAAGUAACUAGGGAAGAAAAAGCUUUGUAAGCUUCUGUAAGUGAGUUGAUUUCAAGACAAACAAGAAGUUAAAAUGUUGCCUAAAUGGGUUUUUAAAAAAGUAAAAAGAUGGUAUGUAGUUACCAGGGAAACAAGCAUGAGGAAGGCAUGAAGGCUGAGGGUAAGCAUCAUUGUUCCAUCACCUCCUGGCCGCAGGGUCACAGAGGAAUUUGUCUUUUUAUUUUGUAAACUACUUUGUUUGCACUUUCAAAAAGUAAACUUUUUAUUUUUCAUCAUUGCAGACUCCCGUGCAGUUUAAGUAAUAAGACAAAGGUGUCCUGUGUCCCUUUGAUCUACUUCCCUCAAUAGAAACAUCUUGCAAAAUGAUGUUACCAAAUCACUACCAGAAUGUUGACACUGGUACAGUCCAGGUAAAGGACACUUUCAUCAACAGGAUCCCUUGUGACACCCUUUUCUCGCCACCCCCACUUCCCUCCUCAGCCUUGUCCCGAACCCCUGGCAACCAGGCACCUGCCUCCAUCUCUAGCUUUGCCCUUUGGAGAAGGUUGUAUAAGUGGAAUCGUACAGUAUGUAACCUCUGACUCUGUAAAAAGCUAGUGUGCAUCACUUGCAUGAUGAAA